AUGGACAGACGUACACCCUACACUCUGAGCGUCCUUGCGCCCAGUACCAAUGGCGCCGAUGAGUCUCGCUCAACCAUUCAAAAUAAAUUGAAGGAUUUUGUGCUCGAAUUCCAGCUAGACAACGCAUUCAUCUACCGUGAUCAAUUACGACAGAAUGUCCUAGUCAAGCAAUACUACUGUGAUAUCGAUAUUGCCCACGUCAUUUCCUAUAACGAAGAGUUAGCCCACAAACUCACCACCGAACCCGCUGAUAUUAUCCCCCUGUUUGAAUUGGCCCUUCAAGACUGCACCCGUCGCAUUGUAUAUGCCGGUCAGCGCGAUGUCGAACUCCCUUCACACCAGCUCCUGCUUCACUCUUCAGCAUCACACAUUUCCAUCCGCGAUUUGAACGCCACCAAUAUCUCACACCUUGUCCGCAUCCCCGGUAUCGUUAUCGGAGCCUCUACCAUCUCGUCUAAAUCAACCGUUGUCCAUGUUCGCUGCAAGAACUGUAGCCACUCUGAAAAUAUUCACGUCGAUGGUGGCUUCGCUGGUUUGACCCUCCCGAGACGUUGUGGACGUAAAAAGGAAGCUGGUGAUCAACCUGGCGAGGAGUGUCCCCUCGACCCAUAUGUGGUUGUUCACGAAAAAUGUCAGUUUGUGGAUCAACAAGUUCUCAAGCUGCAGGAAGCCCCUGAUCAGGUCCCUGUGGGUGAGUUGCCCCGCCAUGUCCUGAUUUCCGCCGACCGAUACCUCGCAAAUCGUGUUGUUCCCGGAUCACACUGCACGGUUAUGGGCAUUUUCUCCAUCUACCAGGCGAAAGGAGUCAAGAAGGAAGCAGCUGUGGCCAUCCGCAACCCUUACCUUCGUUCCGUUGGAAUCAAUACCGAUCUCGAUCAGACCGCCAAAGGAAACUCGGUUUUCUCCGAAGAAGAGGAGCAGGAAUUCUUGGAGUUGAGCCGUCGCCCUGAUCUGUACGAUGCUAUGGCUCGCAGUAUCGCUCCCUCCAUCUACGGCAACAUUGACAUCAAGAAGUCUAUCGUCUGUUUACUCAUGGGUGGUUCAAAGAAGAUUCUGCCUGACGGAAUGAAGCUUCGUGGUGAUAUUAACGUGCUGAUGCUUGGUGACCCUGGUACCGCCAAGUCUCAAUUGCUGAAAUUCGUCGAAAAGGCUGCCCCAAUCGCCAUCUACACAUCUGGAAAGGGUUCUUCAGCAGCUGGUUUGACUGCUUCCGUGCAGCGUGAUCACACCACUCGCGAGUUUUACCUGGAAGGUGGUGCCAUGGUUCUUGCCGAUGGCGGUGUUGUGUGUAUUGAUGAGUUCGACAAGAUGCGUGAUGAGGACCGAGUAGCUAUCCACGAAGCCAUGGAACAACAAACUAUCUCCAUCGCCAAGGCAGGUAUCACAACCAUUCUCAACUCUCGAACUUCCGUCUUGGCCGCCGCCAAUCCUGUGUUCGGUCGAUAUGACGAUUUGAAGACACCAGGCGAGAAUAUUGAUUUCCAAACCACCAUUCUGUCUCGUUUCGAUAUGAUCUUCAUCGUUCGUGAUGAUCACGAGCGUGGACGUGAUGAGAAGAUUGCGCGCCACGUCAUGGGUGUUCACAUGGGUGGUCGGGGCUUGGAGGAACAAGUUGAGGCUGAGAUUUCCGUUGAUCAGAUGAAGCGCUAUAUCAGCUACUGCAGAAGCCGCUGCGCUCCUCGUCUUUCUCCCGAGGCUGCCGAGAAACUAUCGUCUCAUUUCGUCUCCAUCCGAAAGCAAGUUCAUCGAACUGAAGUGGAAGCUAACACUCGAUCAUCGAUUCCCAUCACUGUGCGGCAGCUUGAGGCCAUUGUCCGUAUUACUGAGUCUCUAGCCAAAUUGUCACUUUCUCCUAUUGCUACUGAUGCUCAUGUCGAUGAGGCGAUUCGACUUUUCCUUGCAUCCACCAUGGAUGCUAUUACUCAUGGCGAGGGUCAGGGUAGCAAAGAGCUUAUGGAGGAGGCGUCCAAGAUUGAAGAUGAGCUCAAGCGCCGUCUCCCCGUCGGCUGGAGUACCAGUUUGGCGACACUCCGCCGCGACUUCGUCGACGCGAAGGGCAACUCAGAAUCAGCACUCAACCGAGCAUUGCUUGUGUUGCAAAAGAGGGAGACGAUCCAAAUUCGAUCUGGCGGUUCGCAAGUCUACCGCAACGCAGCAUAA